GUUCGGGGGACCGGGCGGCGGGCGCCAGCGGCCGGAGGACGCCCGGCUGCGGGAGGCGGCUCCGCAGCGCCCAGGCAAGCAAACCAAAGCUGCUUCUCCUCUGCUGCUGCUCUCGUUUGGGAUUUGAUUUGCAUCAUCUCUGAGCCCAUUAAAAGAAAUAAAUAAAAAAAAAAAAAAAGAGGAGAAGAGAGGAAAAAAAAAAUAAAAAAAGGGCAAACCAAACCCACACAAAACAUGUGCGGAAGGACUUCCACUCCCUGGCUGUGCUAUUGAGGAUCAGGAAGAGCCUUUGGGGCUGCAGGAUCUCGCCAGGCUGAUGCUGCUGCUCAAGGAUUUGGUGCAGGGAGACAAAACUGCUGCCUCUUCCAUCCGCUGAUCUCAACAUCUGCAUUUUCCUGCUGCUGUGCUCCCUCUCACACCCUCUCUCCAUGGACUGAUUUUUUGAUUUUUUUCCCUUUUUGCGGGGGGGGGAGGGAAGGACGAGCAGAAAGCCAAGGCAUCGUGCUGAGAGGAGCGAAAAUUCCCUUUCUGUCUCGUGUUCUGGUGGAUCUCUUUCGAGGUUAUUCAGCUUUUUGGAAAAGAAAACAUGACGUCGCCAGCAAAAUUCAAAAAGGAUAAGGAGAUCAUAGCUGAAUAUGACACUCAAGUGAAAGAGAUCCGUGCCCAGUUGGUAGAGCAGCUGAAAUGCCUUGACCAGCAGUGUGAGCUCCGGGUCCAGUUACUGCAGGACCUGCAGGAUUUCUUCCGCAAGAAGGCAGAGAUUGAGAUGGAUUACUCCAGGAAUUUGGAGAAGUUGGCUGAGAGAUUCCUGGCUAAAACUAGGAGCACCAAAGACCAGCAAUUCAAGAAGGAUCAGAACGUGCUGUCACCAGUGAACUGCUGGAACCUGCUGCUCAACCAGGUGAAGAGGGAGAGCAGGGACCACACCACCCUCAGUGACAUUUAUCUCAACAACAUCAUCCCACGCUUUGUCCAGGUCAGCGAGGACUCAGGACGCCUCUUCAAGAAGAGCAAGGAAGUGGGACUGCAGCUCCAGGAGGACUUGAUGAAGGUUUUGAAUGAACUCUACACGGUGAUGAAAACCUACCACAUGUACAACGCCGACAGCAUCAGUGCCCAGAGCAAGCUGAAGGAGGCAGAGAAGCAGGAGGAGAAGCAGAUUGGGAAGUCAGUGAAGCAGGAGGACAAGCAGACCCCACGCUCCCCUGACUCCACCUCCAAUGUCAAGUUUGAGGAGAAACACGUCCGGAGGAGCUCUGUCAAAAAAAUUGAGAAGAUGAAGGAGAAGCGCCAAGCAAAGUACACAGAAAACAGACUGAAGGCAAUUAAGGCAAGGAAUGAGUAUCUGCUGGCCCUGGAAGCCACCAAUGCCUCGGUGUUCAAGUACUACAUCCAUGACCUGUCUGAUCUCAUUGAUCAGUGCUGUGACCUGGGCUACCACGCCAGCCUCAACAGAGCCCUGAGGACGUUCCUGUCGGCCGAGCUGAACCUGGAGCAGUCCAAGCACGAGGGGCUGGAUGCCAUUGAGAAUGCUGUGGAGAACCUGGAUGCCAACAGUGACAAGCAGAGGCUGAUGGAGAUGUACAACAACGUCUUCUGCCCUCCCAUGAAGUUCGAGUUCCAGCCACACAUGGGGGACAUGGAGUCUCAGCUCUGUGCCCAGCAGCCAGUCCAGAGUGAGCUGGUGCAGAGGUGUCAGCAGCUGCAGUCCCGCUUGUCCACGCUGAAGAUUGAAAAUGAAGAGGUGAAGAAGACGAUGGAGGCCACGCUGCAGACAAUCCAGGACAUUGUCACCAUCGAGGACUUCGAUGUCUCUGACUGCUUCCAGUACAGCAACUCCAUGGAAUCUGUGAAAUCCACGGUGUCAGAGACGUUCAUGAGCAAACCCAGCAUUGCCAAGAGAAGGGCAAACCAGCAGGAGACUGAGCAGUUCUACUUCACUAAAAUGAAGGAGUACCUGGAGGGCAGGAACCUGAUCACGAAGCUCCAGGCCAAGCACGACCUCCUGCAGAAGACCCUGGGAGAAAGUCAGCGGACGGACUGUGCCCUGGCCAGUGGCAGGCGCAGCUCCACCGUGAGGAAGCAGGAUUCUUCCCAAGCCAUUCCCCUGGUGGUGGAGAGCUGCAUCCGAUUCAUCAGCAGGCACGGUUUGCAGCACGAAGGAAUAUUCAGAGUGUCUGGGUCCCAGGUUGAAGUGAACGACAUCAAAAAUGCAUUUGAGAGAGGGGAAGAUCCCUUGGCUGGGGACCAGAAUGACCACGACAUGGAUUCCAUAGCAGGAGUCCUCAAGCUCUAUUUCAGAGGCCUGGAGCACCCCCUCUUCCCCAAGGACAUCUUCCAUGACCUGAUUGCCUGUGUCACCAUGGAUAAUUUGCAGGAGCGAGCGCUGCACGUCCGGAAGGUGCUGCUGAACCUGCCCAAGACCACCCUGAUUGUCAUGAGAUACCUCUUUGCAUUCCUCAAUCAUUUAUCUCAGUUCAGUGAAGAGAACAUGAUGGAUCCCUACAACCUGGCCAUCUGCUUCGGGCCCACGCUGAUGUCUGUGCCCGAGGGCCACGACCAGGUCUCUUGCCAGGCUCACGUCAAUGAACUGAUCAAAACCAUCAUCAUCCAACAUGAGAACAUCUUCCCAGGGCCCAGGGAGCUGGAGGGCCCAGUCUACAGCAGAGGUGGAACCACAGAGGAUUACUGUGAAAGCCCUCACGGAGAGAGAGCCCUGGCAGAAGAUUCAGUGCAGGAUGUCACAGCUGAGCACCACACCAGUGAUGAUGAGUGUGAGCCCAUAGAGGCCAUAGCCAAGUUUGACUACCUGGGCAGGACUGCACGGGAGCUGUCCUUCAAGAAAGGAGCCUCUCUGCUGCUCUACCAGCGCGCCUCGGACGACUGGUGGGAGGGACGGCACAACGGCAUCGACGGCCUCAUCCCCCACCAGUACAUCGUGGUGCAGGACACUGAGGAUGGGAUGUCGGAAAGGUCCAGCCCCAAGUCGGAAAUAGAAAUCAAUUCUGAGCCACCGGAGGAAAAGGUGACAGCCAGAGCUGGUGCCAGCUGCCCGAGCGGGGGCCACGUCGCAGACAUUUACCUUGCAAACAUCAACAAGCAAAGAAAGAAACCAGAGUCAGGCAGCAUCAGAAGAGCGUUCCGUCAAAGUGACAGCCACGGCCUAGGUAGUUCCCUGGCAGAACCAGCCUCCCCCGGGGCCAUAGCCGCUUCCAGGCCCUCAUCUCAGCCCAUUAUGAGCCAAAGUCUUCCCAAGGAGGUUCCAGACAAAUGCUCCAUCAGUGGGCACGGCAGCCUGAAUUCCAUCAGCCGGCACUCGUCGCUGAAGAGCAGGAUGGACAGCCCGCAGAUCCGCAAGGCCGUCACCGCCGGCCGCUCCAAGAGCUUCAACAACCACCGGCCCCUGGACCCCGAGGUCAUCGCACAGGACAUUGAAGCCACCAUGAACUCAGCCCUGAACGAGCUGCGGGAGCUGGAGCGGCAGAGCAGCGUCAAGCACGCGCCCGACGUCGUCCUGGACACCCUGGAGCCCCUGAAAACCUCGCCGGUGGUGGCCCCCACCUCGGAGCCCUCCAGCCCCCUGCACACCCAGCUCCUCAAGGACACUGAGCCCCCGUUCCAGCGCAGUGCCAGCACUGCUGGGGACAUCCCCUGCACCUUCAGGCCCGUCAAGUCUGUCAAAAUGGCCACGCAGGUGAAGCCGCCGGCCACGCGCCCCAAGCCCGCCGUGUUCCCCAAAACCAGCGCCAGCACCCCCGGCGUGGCCUCCUCUGCAGCCCAGCAGCCCCCUGACAAGUCCUGUACUGUCUGAUGCACCCCUGCUGCUCUCUGGGUACAACUCCUGCUGUUCCAGAUGGAGUGACUCUGGCAAAGACAUUAAAAUUCCUAUUUAACGAAUCCUUGGAUUGAAGGGGAGCUGCUGGGAGCUGCUGGGAGCUCCUGAGCGGCCACAGCCUCAUCCCACGUCCCCAGGACAGCUCCUGCCACGCUUGGGAAAUCCACAAUCCACGAGCCACUGUGAAGCUGAGCAGGAAAACACCAAGGGAUGAGUUGGAUUUUGGUUUUGAUGCCUUGUUCAAGUGUUCGGCCGCUGGAAGGAACAUUUGGUGGUGUCCUGUUUUGGGAUACUGGUGUAGUGACUUCUGUAUUCUGUGUUUCAUUUACCACAGGGAAACAAUAGGAUAGAUUUUAGUCUAUUGCAUGUUUUGGUGCCACUGGUUACGUGGAGCUUGGACAUGCCUGUUUCUUGUGCAUUAUUAUUAUAAUAAUUAUAAUUAUUAUUAUUAUUAUUCCGUCGCCCGCUGGUGCCACGGUGGUUAAGGGUCUGUCUCGACUUCCAUCACAUCCUCUGGUUUUGUUUGUUUGCUCCCCAUUCCUCCCCCUCAGGGCCAAAGCCUUUGGCCAUCCAGCCUCAUGCUUUAUUUGUCAUGGAGAAAUGAGUUUACUCUGGAACACUCGUAGAUUUUGUGGAGUUCUACGUGAGACGUGUCUGUGCAAAUAGAAACAAACAUGUUUUCCUGAGCUCUGGGAGCACAAGAAAGAGCCCAGUCAUUGCUUAUGGACAAUCUUCACUGGUUUCCCCCUCUGCUCUCCCAUAUUUAAAAGCAGCUUUAUUGUUUCCAGUGGCAUUUUCAGCCCGUGGGCUCUGAUGUGGUGUUUGCUCUCGGGAGACUGAAUGUAAAACAAAACAAAAAAAAAAAAGAGAUAAUUUUGAAAACAAGCAUCCUCUGCUGGGAGCCCAUCCCCAAGACACACUCUGCUGGUUUGCCCGUUCCUCAGGACAGAUCCUGACCCCCAUCCCAGCACCAAGCACUGUAAAAACUUCGCUCAGGAGUUCUCAGCUCCCUGCCUUGUCCCUCUCUGCUCUUAUAGAGCAGAGCAGGGACCGCUGCUGGGGACAGGGGUGUGACAGCACGUGGCCUCUGCAGUGGCUGCCCCCCGUGCUCCCUGCCAUGCCUGCUCCAUGCAGGGCUGACCUGUGAAUGAAUGAAUCCUUUGGUAUUAUUUGUAUUUAUCCGUAGCCAGCAGCAUCCACGGACUCUUUUGUACUCCCCGGGGAAUUCUCCACAGUGCCCACAGUUAUUUAAUUUAAUAAUUAAAAGGCUUGUGCCACUUAGCAGUGGAGACUGGCUGACCCUGAGCUCGCCUCGUUCCUCAGCUUUUCUGGGAUUUCAAACAAGCUGCACAUCUUAGGCUGCCAUCAAAUAAUGAAUUCAGGACGAGAUAAGAAAAGUCAUUUUUCUCACCCAUUUAAGCUGAGUUUCCUUGCAGUUUGUGAGUUCCUGGUGACUGCAAAGUCAGUUUAAUUGGCACUUAAAAAAGAAGAAACAAAGAAGAGUUGCUGAAAUGUCCUUUUCUCAUGCAUUUAGGAUGAUACUUGGAAAUAUGGAACAGGGUCUUCCUGCAUCCCUGUCCAUCCCCACACGCACAACCCCCUUUCUACAGAAGCAAUCAAUCCAUAAUUAAUGACUUUCCAAAAAGCCAGCUUCCUCUGGGCCCUGAGUUAAGGGCAUGCAAGAACUGGGGAGCACUGGGAAGGUUUUGGUGAGAACACUCCUCGUUUCCCAUUUCUCCUGAGCUUCCCUGGGGAGCCCCACGGUACGAGUGUGACUGUCCCUGCCCCUCCAGGAGAUGCCACCAGUGCCACCAGCCACCUUUGCUCUCAGGUUCUGAUGGACUUCUACCACCAAGGAAUCACUUGUUCUUUUGGGGAAAAAAAAAAAAAAAAAAAAAAGAAUGAUUAAACUUGUAGUUUUUUGCUCAGGCAGAACUUUCUGGCAUUUCCUUUUUAGUAAGAAUUUUUGGGUUUUUUGAUUUCUUUUCUUUUUUUUUUUUUUUGGUCUCAAAUGACCAAAGUUAAUCUGUGUCAAGAGCAGGAUCUCUGUAAAUUGACUUUGCCUCAUUUUAAUGCCUUAUUUUCUUUUUUAUAUUUUUAUGCCUAGCAUUCAAUAUUCCUAAGAAUAAGUGUUCAGCCACGCACAGCACAUUGGAGGAGCUGCUCUUUUCCAGCUUCAAGGUCUGAAGUGUGGAAUUAGAUGGAAAACAAAAACAAAAAACAAAACAAAAAAAAAUUUUUUAAAAAAGACUUCAGGUUACUGUAACAGCAACUGUCUGUAUCUGAAUUAUUACUGUGCUUCUCUAGCAUCCACAGCUCUGGGACAAUCCUGCUGCCAAGGGCAAGGUGCUUGGCAGGAUCACCUGGAUAUGGAGCAACUCAACUGGAAUUCUGGUGUGCACUGUGACUGACAACAAGCAAUAGGACAGGCUGAAGCUCCUCCUUCCUCUUCCUCGGGCGGAAAAACCACACGUGGGAGGGAUGAAACAAGAAAAUCACACACAAAAUCAUGGGGGAAAAAAGGAGAUUUUCAGCUUGUCCUCCUCACUCUGAACACACAAGGCUGAGAGGACGUUUGCCACGAGUGUUUUGUGAGCAGUGGCUGCCGGAAAGGUGGGAAGGAGGAACUGGAAAUGUUCCCUCCCUGAGGACAGGUCUGACUCAGUGGUUUGCUUGGGGAGGUACCAAUGUCACUCCACAUCUUCAUAUCCCGAAGAAAUUUUAGCUCUUCCAAGGAAAUUCCUCUUUUCAUGACUUUUCCUGUAACGUUUGUGUCGAAUAUGAAGACAAAAGAAGUGUUUGAUAACUGGAAUGACGUCUGUCUGUUGGAUAGUGCUUUGUAUGAACCUUGUUCAUCAGGUGUUGGAUUGAAAUAAUCCAAAGCAAAAAAAAAAAAACCUAAAAACUUUUAAAAUGAAACAUGGUUUUAGGUGAUCAAUCUGAAUGGUUUCUGAAGCUCAGACCUUUUCUGGGUUAUUUCCCUAGUUGGGAAUGGAGCAGUGUGCUUUAACCAUUGCUUAAUUUCUGCCUCUCUGAGGUCGUCCAAAGUUUAUGAAUUGUAAAUUUGUCCUUUGUGUCCUAGCAGUGGGACACGAUCAAACCCUCUCAUUUUAUCUGUAUUGGGUAUUUUAUUGCAACAAAAAUGAGUAAAUAAUUAGAGUGCACUGUGACAGCAGAACAAAAAAAAAAAAAAAAAAGUUGUUGUAUAUUGUCUGUAUUUUGAUACCUGUUCAAAAGGAGUCUUUGGGUUUCCUGUGCUGAAUACCUCAUGUGUUGGGUUUUGGGAGUUUUUGUUGAUUUUUUUUCUUUUUAGGUUGUUUUUUUUUUUUUUUUUCUUUUUUAAGGCAAGAUUGUUCUUGCACAAAAGUAGGUUAAGAUAACCGAGUUCUCAUAAAUUUAUUUACUAAAUCAAAACACUUCAGCUUGGCAAGAAAUCCCAUCUGUUGUAGCUCCCCACCUUGCACUUGGUACGGGGCCGACCCGGCGCACUUGGGAGAGCUCCAGCAAUACUGGGACAGGAGAAGCUCAUUGCAGGUGGAGUUUGCUGCCUUAUUUCUCUUCUUCUCUGUGUCAAAAACCUCAAAUUCAGCGGAGCAUGGCGUAGCUUUGGGGAUUUAUGGAGCUUUUGGGAGAUGUCCUUCUGCAAAAAUCGACGUCUCUGAUUCUCAGCACUUCAGAUCCUCCCCGGGGGCGUGGGAACGCUCCCUCGGUGGGAUCCGUGUGGAGGGGACACUUCCAGGAGGUGUUGCCCUCAGUGAGCAAUCAGGAAUGGUGGGAAAAUGCCCCAAAAAUCCCUGCUGAGCCAGUUGGAUGGAUCCCAUGAGAGGCUGAGCUCACGCCCUUGUCCAGCACAUCCCUGAGCACAGGAGGCAGAGGAAGGAGGUGCCCCUGUCCCCCCAGGUGUGGCACUGCUCAGGGGCACCUGUGCUUGGCAGGACCAAGCCCUGGGUGUAGAGGGAUGUGCCCCAAAGUGCAAACACACUGCGCUCCCCUGAGCAGGGAACUGCUUCAAAAACUGCUUCAAAACCCACAGGAAAAGAGGAGCAUUGGGGCAUUUCCAUUGCUCAUGGGCCUGUCCAGGGCAGGAAAUUGAGUUUAACAAGCUGGGGAUUUAUUUAUUUUGAGAUUUUUAGCUUUCACGAAAAAAACCCAGCCUUUUUGUGGGUUUGUCUGGCCUUGGCUAAUGCCCCACAAAUGCAGGUGGGGACAUAAAGCUGUUCCUUUAGUGGGCUGGUGGCACAAGAGGUGGAAAGGAGGGAACGUCCUUCCCCCAGGGACGCUCCAGCACCAGCCCUGGGGAAUCACCAAGCGCUUCAUGGACUGAACUUUGGGGUUUGAGCUCCUUCCACAUCAGCUCUCUGCAUGUCUCUGUGUCUGUGUGACAACCUGGUACUUGAAAAUAAGAAACAAAAAUAGAAAUACUUGACCCUGUGCCUGCGGGGCCGGGAUGGCCCCGGCUGUGUCGCGCACAAGCGGUUCCGCCGACCGCCCACCACAAGGCAGAUGAAUUCUUUUCCAGGCUGUUCUAGCAGCAAACCAUCUAUUUGGGUGGCUCUAGAGAUGCAAAAACAGCAGUUCAAGGCCUGGAAAAUGCAAGGGUUUUGUUGGUUUGGAGUUUGUUUUUUUUUUCCUGUUAAAUUUUGUGCUUCCUCUAACGUAGUUUGGGAUGAAAGUGUUUUUCAACGAUGGGCCAAAAAGAGGGGAAGGUGGAGAGGGAAGGCAGCUCCCUGCCGUGCUAAUACUUGAUCUGCCAAGCUUCACACAGGGUAAAUAUUCAGCAGUUUGCAGCAGGAAUCGUAGGUGGGCCUGUCCUUUUUGAGGCACUGUAGUAACCUUACUCCUGAAGUGGACUUCACCAGCCUUUCCUCCAGGCACAGCCCUGAGGUGUGAAGAACAACCCAAGCCCGAGGGGUUGGACUCGUGAGUGUGCCAAACUGCUGGAGCAAUACUUGUGAGCAGCAGCUUCUCUGAAAGCCCAGCUCGAUGUAGCUCAAACAGGGCAAUUGCUGAAAUCCAUCUCUGAUUUCCAGUGGUCCUGCUGGAAGGCAGGAAAAUCGGGUUGCAAAGUGUAGGAAUUGUGUUUUUCUGUCUGAACCUGGGGUUGUCAGCAGCAGUUGUUUCAUGGUGGGAUGGAAUGUUCUUGCUAAAACAAGUUUCCACUGUUUCAUGUCUUCUACACCAAUAUAUAUAUGGUGUAUAUAUUAAACUGUGUAAAAUUGUACUUUGUACAUAGAACUCUGUACAAUAUGGAGGUACAGCCUUUUUUUGUUUUGGUUUAUUUUCCCUCCCCCUUUUUGGUACAGUCUUGUACAGUAUUAGGAGUCGAUGUGUUGGAAGUGUUAAAUCCAUACUGGGGCAACAAAAUGUAUCCAUUGUCAUUAGCAAUAGUUUUGGAGAAAUAAAUGUUUUGGGUAUGGUGGAAACACUGA